GCAGAGAGUUUAGCAGGCAAACCAGAGUAUUCUUGAACACUCAAGCCACGGACAGUUUAGCUCUCAGCAAACCUCACUCAGAUCUAAGGAUGGAAAGACCUGUCCAUUUCGGCUGUCUCCGUUUCCCAUUUUGCCACUCUGAAAUUCAGUUCUGCAACAACUUAUGAUGUUUUUUUAAAUCCACACGAAAGUACAAAUUUCUCCCGUUCAACACAUUUUUGUGUGCCGUUUUGACUAAUGUACUUUUGCAAGCACUUUCUCCUAACAGAAGGAGCUUUGCCAUGGCCGCCUCCAACCUUGACAGCAUGGAGUUACUGGACCUCUUGUUUGACCGGCAGGAUGGCGUCCUUCGCAGUGUAGAGCUUGGAGCGCCUGAGACGCCUUGGAUGGGAUCAGAAGACAGCCGCUUGCUGAAUGCACAAGAGAAUGAGGAUUUCAUCAAUUCCAUUUUGGGGCCCUCCGAUGCUGUCCUUGACUCCCCAAGCUGGUCUCCGGCUGCCAGUGACAGCGGUUUAUCCGAGGACCCGAGUUCUGACCAGCUGGACAGCCCCCCGCAUUAUGUUCCAACGUGUAGCCCGGGAUCCUACUCAGACGGCGGGUCACACCACAGCGAUUUGGCUUACUCAUCGUACCAGGAUGCCCAUCAGACCACACCUGCCCUGAAUGCAGUGGGCGCUGAACCGAGAGAGGCAGAGGUGUCUAUAGAUUUCAAUAUGUGGGAUGUAGGAUUUUACCCAGAGGAGAGGCAGGAACUAGCCACCCCACACUUGAAUUCACCCUCGUGCACCCUGACCAUAAAAGACCUUCUGCUGUCUAACAACUGUGAGAUGCAUCCACAAGCCAUCAACCCUUCCCUGGUGAGGCAAAGCCCUGGGGCUUGCCAAGAACUGGUCCUGACUGAGGAUGAGAAGAAGCUGUUAGCCAAAGAAGGAGUCAUGUUGCCCACCCAGCUGCCUCUCACCAAGUACGAGGAGAGGGUACUCAAGAAGAUCCGCCGGAAGAUCCGGAACAAACAGUCGGCACAGGAAAGUAGGAAGAAGAAGAAGGAGUAUAUUGAUGGCCUGGAGAGCCGGAUGUCUGCGUGUACCGCUCAGAACCAGGAGCUGCAAAGGAAAGUUGUUCACCUGGAGAAGCAGAACUUGUCUCUCCUUCAGCAGCUGAAGAAGCUUCAAGCGCUGGUGCUUCAGUCAAGCAGCAAGGCAGCCCAAACUGGCACUUGUGUUGCGGUCCUGCUGCUCUCCUUUGCCCUGAUCAUCUUUCCGUUCAUCAGCCCUUUCACCCGUAACAAAACCGAGACAGAAGGCGACUUCAUACCUGUGAGAUUUUUUUCCAGGUCCCUCAACAAUGAUGCUUCUUCCAGAGUUGCCUAUUCCAUGGUGAGGGAUGCCGACCAGAGCCCCAACGAGCCUGAGAAGUCCUUCUGGACCAAAUUCGUCCGCAAAGGUCACCUCGGGCAGGAGGAUGCACCCGGCAAACUGAUAGUCAGCCACGUCUUCUCGAGACCCCACCACGCAGGAGAGACUGUGCUGGACAAUGGCACUGAGGCUUUUCCAGAGGGCACCCGCCCGCACUUGGAGGGGCAUGCCGACGGCAUCACUGGGCACACCCUAGCAUCGCUGGCAUGGACAGAGGCUGGCAAGGUGGUCCUGGACCAGGCAGAGGAGCUGUGACCGUCUCUCCCUGCUGCCUUCUAGUUCGGGGACUUCAUAGGGGUGGCGAUGGGGGUAUAGACGUGUGUAGACCAAAUUUCUCCUCUCCCCUUGAGCUGAGAGAAAGGUAUAGAGAGUCCUCUGGGGGUGCUAUGUGAAAGAGAGCCAAGAGAGGGUAUCAAGAGCCCCCUGUCAGUGAGGGCUUUGGAAAAACUCGACGUCCCUACACAAUGCCCCGUGCAUACUUGCUGUUCGUAGGGGGGCUGCAAGGCCUGUUUCAAGGAGCCUAGCUCUAAGCUCAGUUAGCCACAGGAAGGAUAUAGUCCGCCAUUUGCCCAGUGGACAUCUUACUCAUCAAGCCCUCCUCUGCCUUAGAGAUCUCAUCAGGCAUCGCCCACAUGUUUCUGAGCAUAUUUUUGCAGUCAUGAGGGCUGGAAGCGUCAUCUUUUCUCUUUGAAGUGAAAGCUAGGGCUGGAAAGAGACAGCCAUUUCCAUCCUGCGUUUGUUGCAAUCAGUGCUGUUUCCACCCCGCUGCAGUUCGGCUUCCGCUAAAACCUAUGUUUGUUUGUUUUUUGCCUUGCUAUCCGCUAUGGAUGAAACGAACAUGAUUAAUGACAUAAUCAGUUUCAGUGGAAGGGAAACGUCAUAAACAAUGCAGAAAAUAAAUUGUUUAUCUAAUGCUUGCAAACUAAAAAAAGAUAGCUAAUACUGCUUGUAUUUGCGUGCAUGAUUUCUAUUCCUGAGCUAUGACGAACAUGCAAAUUGGGGAUUUUUUUUAAACCAUUUCCAUUUCUGGCAGAAUUCUGCAGUAUUUCUAGGGAAAGCUGAGGUUAUCAACGAGCUGAAUUCGGGGCCAAAUUCUAUAGCUUAUGGAUGGUAUUCAGUACUAGUCCUACUCAGAGUUGGAAUAAAUAGACAUGACUAACGUGGGUUCAUUAAUUUCAGUGGAUCUACUCUGAGCAGGACUUAGUUGAAUGCAGCCGUGUGCGUGUGCCCCUGUGGAAUUGCAACACAGACAUGCCCCUGGCUAUGUUAUUUUAUUGUAGACCAGGGCUUCCCAAACUGUGGUCCAUGGACCACCAAUGGGCCACAAGCUUCACUCAGGUGGUCCGACGCGUGUCUGUGGAUCUGUGGUUGAAGACGGGAGACGGCACAUGCAUCACAUUUAACAGUCACAUUGGUCUUUAAUUGCAUUUUCCUUGCUCUUUUAUUUCUUACCUUGUAUUUUAUUGUGUUACAAUUUUAAAAUAUAGAAGACGCAAAAGAAGCAACAAAAAUGCAGUUAAAAACCAUACAUUGUCUAGCAGGGCACGUCACAGUCGCUACAACAGGAAGGCAAAUCGUUAUGUGGUUCACCAAGACCCUCAGUGAUUUUUAAGUGGUCUGUAGUUGAGGAAAAAAAAUUGGGAAACACUGCUUUAGAGUAAGAGUUGAUAAGCUUGUAUAAUCCAGUUCCUAGAGCCAGUUUGCAGUGUACAAUAAAACACGCGACUGGAAGGGCCCGUGAUCUGCAGUUCUCAGUCCAAUGUGCAAAUCGGAUCGGAGUUAUCCACUGGGUUUUGCAUUUCUCUGGAUGUUCCAACUUAAUAAAAGAUUGUAUAAAAGGACUGUAUCCAACUAAGCUCUACCUAGAGCAGACCUAUUGAAAAUAAUAGACCUAAGUGAGUCAUGUUCAUUCAUUUCCAUGGGUCUACUAGUAGAACUAACAUUGUCUAUUCGGAAAGGAAAAUGUGUUUUGAAAUAUAUUAUUUUGAGAGUAAAUACAUUUAAAUACAAA